GACCGUACCAGACAACUUUUCAAGUGCCCACCCUUUUCUUUCACGCUGACAAGUUGUUAGGCAACAGACUGUCGAUUCAGAGUUCCUAUUCGUUGAGUAGAUGCUGGAAAAUAUUAUACACAAUCGGGUAGGAUAAGAAUAUGAAGAAAAGUUUCGCUGUCCGGAAGUUUCAGGUUUUAUGUAAAAUACGCGUAUAGUUUUGGAAACAUUUCCAUUUCCUUUUUAAGUUGUAUGAAGGGGAAAUCAAUUUCCUGAGUAUCAACUAUUUUAUCACGUUUAUUGCUACUUAAAAUCCAACGCAGCAGUGAAAAAUGGAUCAUAGCACGGAUGAUUCAGGACCCGAAUCUGCUUUUGAAAGGGAUCCGUUUGAGCUCACAGUUGAAGAUGUGUAUGAUAUUUCUUCUGUUAUUGGCAGGGAUCUUCUGAAAGUGACCAGCAGGUCAAUCACCAACAGUGAAGUGACUGAACUGCAGUUUAGAAUAGUGAGGGUUUUAGAAAUGUUCGAAACUUUAGUAAACAAAUUCAAUUUGACUGUAGAAGAGCUCAGGAUGGAAAGGGACAAUCUGAAAGCAGAAGUUGAAAGGCUUUUAAAAGAAGGUCCAAACGGCUCGGGAGGAGUGUCUGGCUCUGGGACGGAUAAGAUGAUGAUUGAUAUGAGGGAUCCCAACCGCCCUCGGUUUACCCUGCAAGAGCUGCGGGAGGUGCUACAGGAGCGUAAUCAGCUUAAAGCCCAGCUGCUUGUUGUGCAGGAGGAGCUACAGUGUUACAAAAGUGGGAUUAUUCCUACUGCAGAACAACAAGUUGUAGAAAUUGAAACUGAACCAGCUGUACCCACCAUUCCGAGCACUGCAGAAACAAACAGAAACAAUGAAAAUAUUCCUAUAAUAAAAAGAUUAUUUUCUUACCGACAAGGAAAGCAAACCUGACAGAACGUCAAAGGACAUUUGUCAUUCAUUCAUAUAAGUGGUCUUGGGUCCUAAGCCAGCUAUUCUUGGUGAAAUUGUUUACAUUGUGAAGAAGUGUAUCAAUAUGAUGUGUAUGAACUCGAACUGUUUUCACUAUACUUAGAUAAAUGCAUAAAGUUUAUUAGUCUGAUUAUACAUUAGUAACAGUAUAUAAUUCAGAAAUGUUCCUUAUAUUCAUAAACAGUGAUUUGGUCCCGGUUGUGCUAAAGAUAAUGCAUGCUUUGUACCUUUUUAUUUCUGAGAAAAUGAUUCAUGAUGAUGCAGUGUUCACUAAUCAGUAUAAUGCAUUUGUAAUACCUGCAUGCUUGUACUUGACCAUGCUCAUUCACGUAACAUUGACUCCUCCAUCCCAGCCCAUGUCACAGUGGAGCCACCACAUUUUCCUAGCCCCUUUACACAACCUCACUGGAAUUUUUACUUACCCAGCACCAUGGUAACUUCUAAGAAUACAGACACUCCUUUCCAGGGAAUGCUUAUGGCUGCCUGGCAUUCUGAUUCUGCAUGAUGAGUUAGGCCUGUGUCCUAUAGUGGUGGUUGGUUUAGGAACUGGCAAACACUGACUAAUCAUGUCUAGGCUUCAUAUCCAUGUUACUUUCACCAUGUCAGUCUAUUCAAUUAUGCAUUAGGGAACCUGCAGCCACCAAUAGGUGCUGGCAAUUUCUGACAUCUUGUAACUUCCUGUUCUUAGAGGAGAGAGCUUUUAAGAUGUCCCACUCUGCUUCUUGCUGGAAGACCCCCCCCCCCCCUUUUUAAUUCAGAUUUGCAGAGACUCACCAUUCCAUUGUGCCAGCAGGCUGGCAUCUGUAUAAUGUAUUUAACUUUAAAAUCAUUCCAUUUACAUAGAGUUAAAUGGACAGCACACAGUAUAUUAAAAUUUGGUACAUCCAUUGUGUGCAUGUACACAUUUAAUCAUGCAUCUAACACCUGUUUGUAUUUAGUGAUUUUUUUUUGUGCGUUUUUGUGCAGUAUUUAACUGUACAUGCAAGUAGUAUUGAUAUUUUGUUCCAUAUUUUAUAACCUCAGAUUUUAUUUGCCAGAAAUCUGGUGAAACAUACCUACUUUUGAAGGAUAUAAGUGAAAAAUAUUACUGCAGUACUGCCUUAAAAUAUAUAUAUAUUUUUAUGAUGCCAGGCAGUAUGUGAACUUCAUAAAUGCUGUUGAAGAUGUACUUAAUGAUUUAACAAAUAGGUUUCCUGAAAUUAUAUUUUAUUAAAACAUGGUCUUCUUUUGAAAGUGCAGGAGUGCUCUGUAUUUUUACAUAAUAAAUGUAUGUAUUGUUGGUUCUGUAA